UAGUGAUAACAGCCAUUCUGGGGGAUUCUUCAAGUGUGGCCCUCUUGGUUCAGCACUUGUAACGGCGGCCGUCUCAUGUUACCGUCGCAAUACAAAAGAGGCUGCACCAUCGGCUCAAACAUUCCACGGAGGUACGGGGAGUCUCAGCAGCUUCAGAUGGUGUGGGAGGUUGCUGGGAAAAAUAUAAGAAGUCAAGAAGAAGGUUCAACUAGCGGUGCGUUCAAGAUUCUCGUGCCAAGCCGCUUGUGCACCUUAUCACCCUCAACAUGUUUGCCAUAAUCAUCACCCACGCCUUUGUUCUGUUCCUCGGGAUCAACUUUAAGCGGUUUUACGGCUUUCUUGUCCACCUCCCUCGAUAUGCUUCGGGCUUGAAGUCGCGAUUUUUGUACUCACAACGUGGCAAUGCCACUUCUGCCAACGCGCUGGCGGAUGUCAAGGUUGAGCUCCUGGACAGGAACAUGGCAGAGACAGGCCUACGACGACUUUGUCGGGGUGCUGAUCAGCCCGAGCAAGACGUUUCCCUGCGUAUACGGGACCAAGGGGUUCAAGGCCAACGAGCUGGACUUUGUGUUCCUCGACUCGGAGGAGCUCGGCAGCGCGGCGACGGCCAAGCUGGGGGCCAAGGCCAUACUCGAAUACCACCAGGUGCUCGAGGGGCGGGGCCGCAACAUCUCGCUGGUCAUGCUGUGCCCGCCGCCGGAGCGGGAGCGCAGCGUGCACGAGUACCACGACGCGUUCUGGGCGUUCCUGCACCGGCUGAGGCAGCUGGACCCCAAGCCGUGGCCGGCCCAGAUCCCGCGCGCCACGGGCCACGUCAAGUGGUGCAUGAACUUUGACGGCGUCGAGGCCUUCUUCGCGGUGCUGACCCCGGCGCACCGCCAGCGCCUCUCGCGCCACGCCCCAAACUUUGCCAUGGUCUACCAGCCCCGCUACAUCUUCGACGCCGUCUUCAAGAACGCCCGCUACCGCGAGUCCGCCACCAAGAUGAUCCGCGGCCUGGUCGACCGCUACGACGAGAUCCCCCACAGCCCCGAGAUCAGCGACUAUGGCCUGCCCGGCACCACCGAGAGCCGUCAGUACUUUUUGCUCGACGAGAACGUCCCGUCCAAGUGUCCGUACGAAAGCCUGGACGACAAGGCACCGAGUAACUGA